GGUACCGGUGGUGCUGGUGGUACUGGCAGCCCUCGCUCCUCCCUGGAGAGCCUCAGCCCGGAGGAGAACCAAAUGGUGCAGCAAUCCACGCGGCAGGAACCCCAGGGCCAGGAGCAUCACUCUGACCACGUCUACUUGGAGAACAGCGUCUAUCAGCUGUGCCAUCCCCAGCACAAGGGCGAGGAGCUCCCCACCUACGAGGAGGCCAAGGCUCAUUCCCAGUAUUACGCCUCGCAACGGGGUGGGCAGCAACCCGGAGGAGCCAGCCCAGGGAUCUGGGGUGAAAACAGCCCACGCGGGGCUGAGAGCGGCGCCCGAUGCCCUGAUGAGGGGCUGAAGGACCUGAAGCAUGGCCACGUGCGGUCGCUGAGCGAGCGGCUGAUGCGGAUGUCGUUGGAGAGGAACGGGGCCAAAGCGCAGAGCCCCAUCAGUGCCUCCCACAGCUACCCCCAGCUCUCCCACCACCACCAGCUUGCUGCCCUGCGAGGGCAACACCUCGAGGGGCCGGAGCUGCGGGGACCCCCCCCAGAGUAUCCCUACAUCAUCCCUUCCCAGGACGCUUACCUGGCCGAACCUCGACCCCGCUCCCGGGAAGGUUCUGGAUUCCAGCACCCCGAAAUCAGAGUGCUGCCCACCCACGUCCCCACUGCUUUCCUGCCACCACCAGGUGCCCUGUGCCCGGGCGCGCCGGGGCACGCCGGUGUGGAGGCACUGGUGAGCACCCAGGCGGUCUCGGCCAGCAGCCGCCUGGCCCGGGUGGACGCCAUCCUACGGGAGAACGAGAGGCUCCAACGGGAAAGCGAGAAGCUGCGGCGAGAGCUGGAGAGCUGCGCCGAGAAGGCGAGCCGCAUCCAGAAGCUGGAGAGUGAGAUCCAGCGCAUCUCAGAGGAUUAUGAAAACCUCGUCAAGACAUCUUCCAAGCGGGAAGCUUUGGAGAAAGCCAUGAGGAACAAGAGAGAUGGUGAGAUGCGGCGGCUCCCGGCACUUCACCGGGGGCCUGAAGAGCGGUUGGAAUCGGCAAACAAGCAGCUGGCCAGCAAGACCCAGGAAAGCCAGGAGAGCAACCAGGGCAGCGUGGCCAAACUCCUGGCGCAGA